AUGGAGGGGAAAACGUCCGGAUUAGUUUCUUUGAUGGGCCCUAGUGGGGAUGUUUGGACAGCUGACUUGACUCAGGAGGCUGACGAUGUAUUAUUCAGUAAUGGGUGGUCGAAAUUUGUGAGAGAUCAUUUCUUAGAAUGCGGUGACCUUUUGGUUUUUAGGUAUCACGGCGAGUUGUGUUUCUCUGUGCAAGUAUUUGAUCAAAGUGCGUGUGAGAAAGAGGCUGCAUUUCAUUCCAAAUGUAGCCAAGAUUGUAGUGAAUUUUGUGGAAGUAAAGGGCAGAAAAGAGAAAGAGAGGAGCCUGGAUCGUUAGAGAACAAAUUUUCAUAUGUGCGGAAAAAGGUUAGAGAGGGCUCUUUUGAAUUCCAUUCAGAAUGCAUAGAAAAGAAAGGGGAAGCACAAAUCAAUGCAUGUGAUGUGGGAGGGUGCCGACGUGUUGGGGUCAUUACAACUGAAGAAAGUUUCUCUCAUGAAACAAAUCAGUGUGGGAAUCCGGCCAAUUGUUUUACCACUCCCUCUCAAUCAAAAGCAUGCACUGAAAAGCAGGGUAAAGAAGAGGUAGCCAUCCGGAAAAGAUUUGGCAAAGAUGAUGACUUGAAGUUGCAUGACAGAGGUCAUGUGUCAAAUUUUUCAGAACGUGAGAAAAGCGUUGCUGAAUCUUUUAUUUCUUGCUUUCCGUACUUUGUGAGGAUCAUGAAACAGUUCAAUGUCAGUGGUUCAUACACUCUGAAUAUACCAUAUCAAUUUUCAAUGGCACAUCUUCCAAAUUGCAGAACAGAAAUUAUCCUUCGCACUAUCAAGGGAGCAUGUUGGACUGUGACUUCUGUACCAACUACAAGAGUGCACACAAGUCAUACCUUAUGUGGAGGAUGGAUGGCCUUUGUUCGUAGUAAUGACAUCAAUGUGGGAGAUGUUUGUAUUUUUGAACUUGUGCAUGAAUAUGAAUUGCGUGUUUUUAUUGUUCGAGUUGGAAAUGAGGGCCCAGAUUUUGAAACUGGAAAAGUAGCUUCUAUUGGGGAAAACACUGGGUGUGCUGCCACUGUACAUAAAACUGAAAGUUUUCCAAAGAAAUCGAGAAGAAACUGUUUGAAGCUUCAUUCUAAACUCAUUAAGCAAGCUGAAAUAUUUGAUAAAAAAGGGUUUAAGGAGAGUCAACCAACUGGCUUUUUAAGGCAUGGAAAUGGAACAAAGGAUUCUGCCAGUGUUGUGCUGUGCUCUAUGUCAAGAACUGGAAAUGGAAAGCCGCUGCCUGUUGUGCAGAAAAUCCCCCACCAGUUUUCUGCAGCAUAUCUUCCAAACUGCAAGACAGAGGUCGUCCUUCGUAAUUUACGAGGAGAAUGCUGGACUGUGAAUUCACUCCCAGACUCAAAAGGGAGAGCAGUGCAUACUUUUUGUGGAGGGUGGAUAGCCUUUGUUCGUGACAACAAUAUCAAGAUAGGGGAUAUCUGCAUGUUUGAACUUGUUGGCAAGUGUCAAAUGCAGGUCCAGAUAUCUGGGGUUGGACAAGAAGCAGUCAAUCAUCAAAUUGGAAAACCAACCUCUUGUGGCAGUGUCUUGCAAUGA